AUGAGCCAAACCACAUCCCCAGCUCGGCCCACAGUUGAUCAUCUGCGGCAUGUCGUCAACAACUAUCCAAUCAUCGACAAUCACGCGCACAAUCUUAUCCUACCUCAACAUACAGACACAAUACCGUUCGAAACCAUUACUACAGAAGCUCAAGGUAGAGCUUUGAGAGACACGUUCAAGUCGCUUUCUCAUCUACGAGCAGCUAAGCAACUACGCCUACUGUACGAGUGUGGAGAGGAUGCGGAUUGGGAAGAGAUUCUCGAACAGAGAGUGGAAUGGCUUCGAAGCAACUCGGAACGUUUGCACCAACGAUGCUUUGAAAAUGUACACGCAUUGCUCAUUGAUGAUGGCCUUGCUUUGCCAGACAAAGUCUUCCCUUACAAUUACCACGAUCGAUAUACCAAGGCACCUACCAAACGCAUCGUGCGCAUCGAAACUGUUGCUGAGCGGCUGAUGGAAAGUCUUGUGCAGGAUGCAUCGGAAGACGACUUGGCGAAAAGCAAAUUUCUGCCACAGAUCUGGACCGACUUUACCGACGAUUUUGAGAGAAUAAUUCAAGAGGCCGUAGAUGACGAAAAUGUUGCUGGUUUCAAGUCUGUUGUUUGCUACCGGACGGGGCUGGAUAUUGAGCCUGAAUACGAUGAAGCUGCAAAAGCAGUGGGCCACCCUUUCGAGCGCUACGUGAAGACCUGCAUUCGUAAACGCAACUUUCGAAUGGAGAAGAAGCCUCUGAAUGACUAUCUAGUGCUGCGAACACUCGAGAUACUUUCUGAGAGGUUACCGCAUCCCGAUUCGCUUGCGAAACCAUUCCAGCUGCACACCGGCCUAGGCGACAACGAUAUCAACUUGCUUGAGUCAAACCCUGCCUUUCUUCAGCCGCUGAUAGAAAAUUACCCACAAGUACCCUUUGUUAUUCUUCACUCGGCAUAUCCAUAUACACGCGAAGCGGGCUACCUUGCAACUGUUUACCGACAUGUGUACCUGGAUAUUGGCGAAGUCUUCCCCAUGGUCAGCAGAGAUGGUCAGAGAGCGGUCCUCCGUCAAGCCUUGGAGCUGGUUCCCGGUAGCAAGCUCCUCUACUCUAGUGACGGUCAUUGGUUCCCAGAGACUUUCUGGCUUGCUAAUGUGCAGUUCCGUGAAGUAUGGCUCGAGAUACUCCUCGAAUACAUCCAGAGAGGUGAUCUUACUCCUCACCAAGCCAUUGGUAUGACGAAAGACAUCAUGUUCAACAACUCUAAUGUCCUCUAUGACCUGCAUUAUCAAGCAGUGUUUGAUGAGAAUAUACAGUUAUCGCCGAAGCAGUUGACGUAUAACACAAAGUCCAAUGCACCAAUCUCUCCAUAUCAAUCACCAACUGCAACACCAGGACCCAACAUACCUGCAUUCGAUCAGACUGCUGCUCCUCAGCGCGCCAGCGAGUCGGCUUCUCCUUACAUGCCACCAAACUUUCCUCCGCCACCAAAAGUACCGCAAGUAUACGACAUCGAACUGUUUAAAAGCUUCAUGGAUAACAAUCCAAAUGUCAAGUUUAUCUAUGUACAAUGGCUUGACUACACAGCCACGGUUCGGAGCCGUGUAGUCCCCAUUAGAGAAUUCACACGGAUAGUAGAUGAAGGCAAACGUAUAGGUAUCUCGCGAGGCACUACUGGCAUUUUACAAAAUGACGGCCCAACUUCCGUCAUGAACACUACAGGUCAGAUUUAUGUUGAGCCUGACCUACGUUCGCUUUGCCGGACACACAACAAGGACCCUCUUCCAGCCGCUACGGUGUUUAGUUACUGGCGCUCAGAGAACGGCUCCGCUCUUCCAGAAGAUCCACGUAACAAUCUGGAGAUACUUAUCAACGACCUACAAUACAACUACUCAGCCACUCUACUCAUAGGGUUUGAGAUUGAAGUCACAUUCCUCCGUAGGAGCGCACCGUCGUCAUCCACCAAUGCCUCACAAGCAGAGCCAUCACCACUAACAAAGACACAUGCUUGGAGUACCAUGUCGCCCGAACAGUGGACUCAACUGCCAUUCCUAGGUGAGAUUGUACUCGCGCUCGAAGACAUGGGCAUCGAGCUCCAACAAUUCCAUGCCGAGUCCGCCCCAGGCCAAUAUGAGUUUGUCCUGCCGCCGCAACCACCGCUCCUGGCCAUCGACACCCUGAUACAAGCACGACAGGCGAUUGCACAAAUAGCCAGUCUGCACGACUUGCGAGCAACGCUGCACCCACACCCAUUCGAAGGCAUAGGCACCGCAGCCCACGCGCACGUUAGUUUGCACCCCCCAGAUCGCGACAUGCAGUUCUUCGUGGGAGGAAUAUUGAGACAUCUACCCGCCAUCUGUGCAUUCACCAUGCCACAAGAAGAUAGUUACGCAAGAGUGAAGGAUAACUCUUGGUCCGGAGGAUCCUGGGUAGCAUGGGGUACCCAGAACCGCGAAACCCCUCUCCGCCGCGUUGAGUCGGGCCACUGGGAAAUCCGCGCACUAGACGGUACCGCAAAUAUUUACUUUGCGCUCUCCGCACUGCUGGCUGCGGGUAUCCUUGGUCUCGCGGCCAACGAGCCCGCUUCUGCGUUCCCCGAACGCGACAUCUCUGUCAAUCCAGCCAAACUAGAUGAUGAAGAUCGCGCGGAACUAGGUGUGACGCAGAUGCUGCCCAAGAGUCUGGGCGAGGCAAUGGAUGCGUUGCAUAGGGAUGCGGCGUUGCAUGAGGCGUUGGCGCCGGGGUUGGUAAAGGAUUAUUUGGCUAUCAAGGAUGGGGAGAGGCGCAUGUUGGGGUCCAUGUCGGAGUAUGAGCGCAGGAUGUUUUUGAUUGAUAGGUACUAG